AUGAAAAGGGAUCGUGAGCAUAAGAAAGAAGCAAAGCCAUCGUCGCCAUCUUCAAUGGCGGUUGGAAUUGGAAAGGCUAAACAUUUUCAUCAGUCGUUGCCGGAUUCUGGCGGAAUGGAUGAGCUUCUGGAGGUGUUGGGUUACAAGGUGAGGUCAACGGAUAUGGCGGAUGUAGCCAAGAAGCUUGAGCAUAUUGAAAUGGUGAUGGGUGAAGAUGAGAUUUUGCAACUGUCUAAUAUUGUUCAUUACAACCCUUCUAAUCUAUCUGGUUAG